AUAUAGUACAGCAACAGGCAAGCUGCACCCGUGGUCCAGGGAGCACGGAGGAGAGCCUUGGCUAUUGGCAAAAGACACUGCAAGAGCAGUGCCAGUUUUGCCCGGUUGGCUGGCUCUUGUUUGCGGGGCAGUGCUACUACUUCUCCUCUGCCAAGAAGAGCUGGGAGCGGAGCAGAGAGGACUGCUGCUCCAGAGGGGCACAGCUGGUCACUGUCCAAGCCAACACCACCCUGGCUUUCCUGGCACGCCCAGCCAACAUGGAGGUCUUCCACGUGGGACUGAAGAAGGAUGACUUCAGGUCUGACUGGAAGUGGCUGGAUGGCACCACACUGAAGGGGACCUUCCCAACCCAGCGCUACGCCAGCUCUUACCAGGUCUGCGGCAGGGUGUCAGGCUUGGGACUGUCAAGUGGUCCAUGCACUGAAGCUCUCAGAUGGGUCUGCAAGCAGAGCGCAGUCACCCUGCAGUGGCUCCAGUCCUCACCCCCUGCCUUCCUCUGGGGAAACACCACCUACAACUGU